AUGUCGCUCCCUAUUCCUAGAAGCUACAAGGUAUUUCGCCGUACCUCCGGGGAAGCCCCUCUCAUCGUCCAGCCUGUAACAGAAGAACUUCCUCCUUCGCUUACCCCUGAUGAAGUAUUGAUUCGCAUUCGAGCAGUAUCUCUCAAUUAUCGAGAUGUAGCCAUGCUCAAUGGCAAAUACCCAAGCUUUGCUCUUGAGCGAGGUAUCCCCGCAUCUGACUGCGCCGCUGAGGUCCUCGCGUUCGGAGAUAAUGUAUCUGGCUUCAAGAUCGGAGAUCGGGUCGCUCCUAUCUUUGACCUCAAUGCUCUAGAGGGUACUGAAAUUGAGAAGAGAACACUAGGUGGAGAUAUCGAUGGCGUGUUGCGCGAAUUCGCUAUUUUCGACCAGAGUGUACUCGUGCAUUUGCCAGAGCACCUCUCAUGGGAGGAGGCCGCGUGUGUGACUAUUUCGGGUACCACCGCAUGGAACUGCUUGAAUAUGCCCAAUGCAAAGGGCACCGUACUUCUCCAAGGUACUGGGGGUGUGAGUAUAUUCGCCUUGCUACUUUGCUUGAGUGCCGGCCUUCACGUUAUCAUUACGUCUUCUUCCGAUGAAAAGCUGGAAAGAGUUAAAGCCUUGGGGCCGCCCGGUGCAAUAGAAACAAUCAACUACAAGACAUACCCGAAAUGGGAAGAUGAGGUGAAGCGUAUGACGAAUAAUCGAGGAGUCGACAUUGUGAUUGAAACGGGAGGACCUACUACCAUCCUCCAAAGUCUUCAUUCGCUCGUCCGAAGAGGUACCAUCUCCCUAAUUGGUAUCCUGGGAGGACUCCAGAUGGAUAGCUACCCUGACGCUUUCACGCCUUUGAUUCUGAAUACUGCCACCAUCAAAGCAAUCUUUGUCGGCUCGAAAAUCGACCAGGAUAACCUGUGCAAGUAUUUGGCUGACCACAAGAUUUCGCUGAAACCUCUGCUUGAUGAUAAGAUUUUCUCGUUCGCAGAUCCGCAGAAAGCCUUUGAUCACCUAUACUCCGGUCAGCAUAUUGGCAAAGUUGUGAUCAAGAUGUGA